AUGCAAUCGCAAUCCGGGCCUGAUGAAGGAGGCGACCGGACCUCGCUGUCGUCCGACAAGUCGGCAAAUUCACUCCUGCAAGACCCUCAAUCCCACUACACGGACAAAAACGCGGAUCUUCGGUACGAUGUCCGAGACAGCGGCGAUCUCGAACUCGACGAUGAUUUAGAAUUGGGUGAUAUCCCGCUUCUUCCCUCGCACCUCCGUGGCUCGGCACCUGCCCUGUCCCGAUCAAGAACCAUUAGACACGAGCCGCGGUUUUCCUGCUCACUCUCGGGGCUGCAUACUUGGCUCCGCGGCCCCAGCCCGCCGCAUACCCACCACAUUCAGCCCUGGUUUCCUCGAUACCAGGCGGCGCCGGCGCGGUUCGUUGAUCGGUGGUUUCCGUGGCAGAAUGCAAAAAUUGCUUUGUUGCUGGGUGGGCUCAUCUUUUGGAUGCUGGUGUUCUUUUCCGCUUUAAAGGCGUCCGUGGCUGACAAGAAUAUUCUCGGAUAUGGACAACCCGUCAAGCUGUCGUGUCACCAUCGCUUAUGGGGCAAUGCCACUGACUGCGGAUUGAAUGGCGACUCCUGUCGACCCUUUGAAGACCAGUCUUUCGCUUUUCGCUGUCCUCCCGGCUGCUCGGCGGCCAUGCUCUUGGAGCCUUACGGUGUUGGCGACCAGGAUGUCAACUACCGGCCGCUGGUCAUUGGCGGCAAACCCCUUCGGCGCGACGGUGUCCUGAGCGGCAUCUACCGCGGCGACUCGUCGAUUUGCGCCGCGGCACUGCAUGCGGGGAUGACCAGUGACUCACAAGGUGGGUGUGCGAUCUUGCACCGCAAGGGCGAGCGAGAUGAUUAUCCAUCCUUCGAGCAAAAUGGGAUCGAAAGCAUUCCUUUUCCCUCGCAUUUCCCAAUGUCAUUCCUUCUCACUCGCGAGGCAUCGUCGUCCGGGUCAAGCCAAGCCAAACCAGUCGAGUGUUCUGAUAUCCGGUGGCCUCUGUUUGCAUUCACGGUGCUAAUGACAACCAUAAUGUCCCUCACAAUAACCUCGCCGCCGGCAUUCUACAGCGCGAUCUUUUUUGUCGUAUGGUUCCAAGUCGCUAUGGCGUCGGACCCGCCGGCAUCAGGCUUCUACGACCUGGUAUCAAUUGGCCUGGGCCGGUUUCUGCCCGGUGCGUUCGUCGGAUUCGUCCUGUAUUAUUUCUGCGCGUGGGAGACACUCCACAACCUCGACGCGCACAUCGACAAGACUGUGCUAUGGCUAGGCGGCUGCUGGGUCGGCGCCCUCAACACCGACACCUUCGACCGCAUCCCGAUCUCGCGCCUCACGCUGCACGACAUCCAACAGCAGCCAGGCGCCGUAACCGCGCUGCUCAUCAUCGUCGGGUCCCUUGUCGUGAUCGUGGUCUCGCAAGCGCUGGCCUUCCGGCGCGAGGGCCGCUUCUUCUCCAAACUGGGCGUCUACGGCCUCUUGAUUCUCACCAUUCUGAUCCUCGUCGCCGUCCCGCACAUGAACUUGCGUAUCCACCAUUAUAUCCUCUCUUUGCUCUUCCUCCCCGGCACCACCCUCCAAACCCGACCCUCUCUUUUAUACCAGGGAAUCCUAAUCGGUCUCUUCAUCAACGGCAUCGCGCGCUGGGGCUUCGACUCCAUCCUGCAAACCCCCGCCGCCUUGCUCGACGGCGCCCGUCUAGGAACCACCCCGCCAAAGAUCGACGUGCCCAUUCUGCCAGACACCGAACAUCUAACGUUUAAGUUCCCAGAGCUCGAGCCUCACAUCGAAGGUCUGAGUGUGCUUGUCAACGAUGUCCAGCGCUACAAGCAAUUUCGGCCCAAGGAGGGUGGCGCUCUGCCGGACUUCAAUUGGACCCGACUUCACCCCGGAAAGCCCGAGUAUUUCCGUUUUGGCUAUAUCCAUGAAAAGAAGCUGGGUGGGGUUUGGUAUGAGGACUUCUCGAAGCCGUCUUCUUGGUUGCCGGAUGGGAACUAUUUCUACCCAAACUAG